AUGGAGGAGGAGGCCCGGCAGUCGACGGAGGACGCCGAGGCCUGGGAGUUGUUCGCCCAGGCCCGCGAGGCGCGACGACAGGAGGAAGAAGCGGCGUGGUGGCAGGAGGCCAGGCGGCGCGCCGAGGAGGAGCGGCGCGAGGUGCAGAUGCGGGAGGAGGCCCGUGGCGCGGCGCCGAAGGCCGGGCGCCUCGCCCGGCAGGAGAGGGAGGCGCAGCUCCGUGCUGCCGCGGCGCCGCUUAUUCGAGCGGCCCCGGACCCCCAUUCCGCCUGGGAGGAGGCCCUGUCGUCUCCGUGCCCGGAGUCCCCGGCGCGGUAG